AGCCCGCGGCCGGGCGCAGCUCCCGCGCAGCCGUGCGAUGUGCGCGCAGCGGCACGCACCUGCCCGGCCGGUCCCUUAGCGCGGCGCGGAGGCGGGAGGCGUCCCUCGGGAAGUUUGAUGGCUUCUUUGAGGAGAGUCAAAGUGCUGCUGGUGUUAAACUUGAUCGCGGUGGCCGGCUUCGUCCUUUUCCUGGCCAAGUGCAGACCCAUCACGGCCAAGAGCGGCGACUCCUUUCAUGACGUCCAUCCCCGGGCAGAAGUGGUCAACUUGACGGCCCGCGGCAUCAGCUCCAUCCAGGACGCUGUGCUAAAGAGGCUCUCCCUCCUGGAGGACAUCGUCUACAGGCAGCUCAAUGGUCUGUCCAAGUCACUCGGUCUCAUCGAAGGCUAUGGUGGACGUGGCAAAGGGGGACUUCCAGCCACCCUGUCCCCCGAGGAGGAGGAGAAAGCAAAGGGACCCCAUGAGAAAUACGGCUACAACUCCUACCUCAGUGAGAAAAUUUCACUGGACCGUUCCAUACCAGAUUAUCGUCCAACCAAGUAAGUACUGCUGGCUUCGUG